AUGCUACUCUUCCCAACGCGACCCGCCGUUCCCUCCUGCUGCGCCGCCGCCUUCGCCGCGGCUCACGCAAUUCGCGGCCCGUCGGCCUCGCGCGACGUUGACCAGCCGUCGGCGCAGACCCACGUGGCCUACAGGACAGAACCCAAUCAGGCGCCUCGUCGGCGCGUGCUGCUGCCGCGGGAAUCGCCUGAGGCGUUGAGAUCAGGCAUGCAGCUUCACGGGGACGCUGAAGGUUUGAAGCCGCGUUCUUCUGUCAAUAAGGCAACAGCUGUUGGAACGGCAACAGCUGUCCAGGCUUCUCGUCGCCGCGUGCUGCUGCCGCGGGAGUCGCCUGAGGUGUUCGGAUCAGGCAUGCAGCUUCACGAGGACCUGCUGCCGCUGUGGGACAUGGCGGCUCGCGUUGCUGUUAACGGGACCGUGCUUGUCGUGGUUUCCAAUGCUGGCUACACGGACAUGCUGGAGAACUGGGUGCGCCACGUCAGCAAUGCGGGGCUGGGAGCACACUUCAUUCUCUUUGCUGAGGAUGAGGAAACCCUUAGGUUCGGCCAGACUAGAUGGCCCGGGCAGACAAUCCACCUGGCCCUUCCCGACCAAUCACUCUCCGCCACCUGGCAGGCCUCCUCCGAAGCACUCUUCCCACACUCCCCACACUCCGCCACGCGCGCAGGCACUCUCUCUUUCCACCUCCUCGCCUCCCGCCGCAUUCUCUACCUGCUCCACCUCCUCUCCUUCGGAUUCAACCUCCUCUAUUCCGACACAGAUGUCGCCAUUCUGCGCAACCCUCUUCCGGAAAUCACUGCUGAUCCCAAACAGACAUUUGACAUAGCUCUAACUCUCGAUGGGUACGAGUCGAACUGGCAGAAGAAAGCAGUGCAAGUUGAGAGUUAUGGCGUCUCGAAGCUAGCUGACCGGAAACUUUCCGUUUCGAGCUCGCUGCUUUUCCUCCGCCCGACGUCGGGGGCUAAGUGUUUGGUGGGGGACUGGGCGAACAGGGUGAUGAAGUUAGGGAGGGACGAAGGGACAGAGCAGGAGCAUUUAAACGCAAUCAUAGUCGAAAUGGACAAGUACGGACUUUUGCCGAGAAUUGCCGUGCUGCCCGCGCAGAAAUUUUUGUCCGGGCAGCUGCUGCUGGAGGAUGAUUGGGCGACGGUGGAGGCUUUGAAGGGGGAGCUGGUGACCGUACAUGCGGGCGGGCUGAUGGGAAAAGAUGCCAAGAGGUAUGCUCUGAACAAAUUAGGGUUCUGGAUUGCAGAGUCGGAUGCAGCAGCAGCAGCUGGAGAAGGGGAGAGUGGAGGGAAAGAAGCAACAGCAGUAGGAGAAAGAGGGGAAGCUGCAGCAGCGGGAGGUGGGGGGAGGGCGAGCGAAGGGGAAGCAGGAGCAGGGUCGAUCUCUGAGCCUGCUUCGACUUCUAGCGAGGACAGUAAAUGGCCUAGCACGACCGAAACCAGCGCCCUCAGCAGCAGCAGCAGCAGCAGUGUCGGUUCAGGGGACAAGGGGCCGUUCUGUGUGGGGCUGCUGUGUCCUGAGAUGCAUGUAUCGGAGGAGGAGGUGGUGCUGCUGUCGGUUGAGUCGUGGGUGCAGCGCCACGUGCAGCAGAUGGACCCUCUUGUGCCCAUGCUGGCUUCAGCAGACCGCUUUGUGAUCGUCACUGCUGCGUGUAAAGGCCAAAUCCCUCUCUUCACCAACUGGUUCAACGCCAUGCACUCUGCUGCCAUGGCUGGGCAUGUAAUCGCGUCAGUGCCUCAAGAGGUCGAGGGCACCAGCCAGGGUCUGCUGAGGCAGCCAGAGGAGAGUGAGUCGCCCUACAAGGCAGCCCUAACGUGCCUGCUGCUGCCGUCUCUGCUCAUGGAGCGAGUGCUCAAGCUCAGCUACAACGUCAUCUACAGUGACAUCUCCUCUGUAUGGCUGCAAGACCCCCUCCCGUUCCUCCCUCCAGAGUACAACGCAGUCCUCCCCUCCUCUGCCCCCUCAUCCUCCCAAUCAUCACCGCCCUCCAACAACAAAAUAGACGGCAAACUCAAACGCACCCUGCCGAUCUCCCGCCCCGACUUGGGUUAUUUCUCCCCUUGGUUCGUCGCGCUUCGCCCCUCCCGGCCCAUACUCCUGAUGCUGAAAGAAUGGGCUGUUCUCGCGUUGGAAGAUUUCCGGGAAAGGACAGCCGCAGCGCAUAGGAACUCCCUCGCGCACUCGUUAUCCGCUUCGGAGAGCUUAAAAGUGGGACUGAAUGAGGCUGUAACGAGGAUGGUGGAGGAGGGGGAGCCGGGGUCGAAUGUUGGCGUGUUGUCGCGGUGGUUGUUUCCACCAGUAUGGAAGGUUAUGGGUGAAAGGGAAUGGUUUGCGAAGCACAGGGAGGAGGUGGCUGCAGUGCCGAAUGAUUGCGGGGAUGAUGUGAGCCAUAGGGAGAUGUGCUUCAGGGAUUUAAAGCUGUGGGUGUAG